GCAGCGGCAGAGUUGGUGCGAAUUUAGUUUGGAUUUUUCUAUAAACACAGGCCCGCCCUUAUGCUGGCCAACAUUCGCGCUUGUGAUACGAAGCAUAGAGCCGCUAUGUUAGCGCUGCGAACCAAAGUCUGACCUUCACACAUUGUCGAAAUCUUUUUGCACAUUUCUUGCCGCUGCAUUAAAAAACAAAGCCAACAAACCAACAAACUACAAACUAAGAAACAACAAGUAUCAACUAGCAGCAAUCGACACAAAAGUUCCUAAAUCAAAGUCACAUUUUGUGCGCACACACAAGUUCCUAAGUAGCUGAAAGCCAGACAAACAACAAAACAAUCGCGUCAGCAGAAAGCAGAAAGCAGAAGCACCUAGAAGAAAGCAGUAAGCAAAAGCAACAAGCUACAAGCAACAAUAAACUUCAGCUGGAAAAAGCAACAUGACAGCACUGGGAUUAGUUCUGCUAUCAAUGAUGGGCUAUAGCCAACACAUGCAGCAGGCAAAUCUGGGCGAUGGCGUGGCCACAGCCCGUCUUAUUUCCCGCUCCGACUGGGGCGCCCGACUGCCCAAGUCGGUGGAGCAUUUUCAAGGACCUGCUCCUUAUGUGAUUAUCCAUCACUCGUACAUGCCGCCCGUGUGCUAUACCACAGUGGAUUGCAUGAAGAGCAUGCGGGACAUGCAGGACUUCCAUCAACUGGAACGUGGCUGGAACGAUAUUGGCUAUAGCUUUGGCAUUGGCGGCGAUGGCAUGAUCUAUACAGGUCGUGGCUUUAAUGUCAUUGGAGCACAUGCACCCAAGUACAAUGACAGGAGUGUGGGCAUUGUGCUCAUUGGAGACUGGCGAACUGAGCUUCCCCCUAAACAAAUGUUGGAUGCUGCCAAAAACCUGAUCGCUUUUGGCGUGUUCAAGGGCUACAUUGAUCCUGCCUACAAGUUGCUGGGCCACAAGCAGGUGCGUGACACCGAGUGUCCUGGCGGCAGGCUGUUCGCCGAGAUCUCCACCUGGCCGCACUUCACCCACCUGAACACCACCGAGGCAGGCAGCACUCCCACACCCGUUGAACCCCACGCACACGCACACGCUCAUCCGGCGCCGCCUCAAGUCGCACCACAGGCGCCACCCCAAGUGGCAGCCCAAUCCCCGCCAGCUGCCACUCACAAGGUCUAGCCCAAACGCAGUUUAAGAGAAGCCACAACGAGCUCGGCUCCCCGCACAAAUGCCAAGGAGUUCAUUCAGUAUUCAUUAGAUGUCUCUUCGAACAUUUCACAAAUAAAGCAAUUUCUAGAUGAUAACACUUAAGCAUAAA